UUUAUCUACAAACAUUUUGGAACUUCCUAUCAUCCACCACACAUUCUGCCUUCAUCUGUCUCGACGCCUGCCUAUCAACAUUUCGAUCUUUUCUCAAAUCCACUCUUAAGCGUCACAUCGAAACCAAAAUGACCGGAGGCAAGUCUGGAGGCAAGGCCAGCGGCACCAAGAACGCGCAAUCGCGCUCAUCCAAGGCUGGUCUCGCCUUCCCAGUGGGUCGUGUUCACCGUUUGCUCCGCAAAGGAAACUACGCCCAACGCGUUGGUGCUGGUGCUCCUGUUUAUCUCGCUGCUGUGCUCGAAUACCUUGCUGCUGAAAUCCUCGAAUUAGCUGGUAACGCUGCUCGCGACAACAAGAAGACGCGUAUCAUCCCUCGCCAUCUCCAACUUGCCAUCCGCAACGAUGAGGAGUUGAACAAGCUUCUGGGUCACGUCACCAUAGCACAGGGUGGUGUUCUGCCUAAUAUCCACCAAAACCUCCUUCCGAAGAAGACUCCGAAGAGCGGAAAGGGUCCUAGCCAGGAACUUUAGGCUCAGUGUUUUAUUUCUUUCAUUUUAUGGGGGUUUUUUUUUCGGCGCUGUUUGGUUCACUUAUUGACGCGAUAAUGGGGUUCUGGGCUGGACACGUUUAUGGCUCUUUCUUUUACAGUUUGCCUUGAGGCUGUACAUUAUGUCUACGGACAUGGAAUGAUAAGCAUCGUUUGUCGAAGGA